AUGCUCAUGGACGCCGCGAAGAAGGAGAACCGACCAACGGACCUGCAAAUGAACCAACAAGUGAUCGUGCAGCAGCAGCCGCUGAAAGCACCGAUAUCAACCUUCGACGGUCAGUAUGAAAAUUGGCCAAAGUUUGAAGCGAUGUUCCUUGACAUCAAGGCCAAGUCGAACGAUACGAACUCCAUCAAGCUGUACCGUUUGGAUGAAGCUCUCGUUGAGCGUUUCGGAAACCCUCGCGUCAUCAUCAACACCCACAUCCGUGGUUUGCUGUCGUUGAAGAAAAUGACAAAAGAAUCCUACCUUCAACAAUCCAUCGUUGCUUAUGCCUUUGUUGUCGUUUGGAACCAGUUUUGCGAGGAUGCAUUGAAAGAAAUAACACCUAAUGAGAAGGAAGACCAUGCAGAGUUUGUUGUCCUCAGUGAUACAGUUCGUCACCGACGUGCCAAAACGCUUAAUUUAUCACCAACUAAUAAGGAAUCCAAAGCGAAAGAGAUAUCCGUUAGGAACCUCGAACAACAGUCAAACAUUUUGCCUGAUAUUUUACCCGCCACGUUCAGGCUGGUAGAAACAAGUGCUUUGUUUUCUUGCAUAUCCAGUGCCGAACCAUUGCAGCAAGCUAAAUCCGAAACGAGGACAGUGAGUCAUCACUACAGUGAGUGCUCAGUAGUUGAAGUAAAAGAGAAAAAUAUGAGCGCUAAAAUGUCCGUUCGGAGUAUUAAUAUGCCUUCCUCAGAUGUAACCAUGCAUGGUCAAGUAGUUGACACGAUCAACAUUCUCGAGUCAUGUAAAUUUGUUGAACCCGAAUAUGUUGAAACAGUACAUAUAAUAGAUGCAUCUUCCGACACUGAUACCAGCUGCCCAUCGCCGAAGCCUGACAAAAAGCAAAUGAAUGUUUCUAAGCCAUUGACCAGGAUAACAACGAGUACACCUAAAUCGAGUAAACCAAUAAAUACCGUCCAAAUAGGCGGUGAACAAUCUCAAUCUCCAAAGCAAUUGAGAAUAAGCAAAAAACUCAUACUUCCACAAAAGUCUUCUAUUGAUGUACUCAGAGAUUUCGAUAAAAUAUGCCUGAAUGUUGAGGAGGCGUCAAAAAAUCAUCCAGGUCUCAGGGAUUUGGUAUUCGACGAACGAGACAGCUUUUAUAGCUCAGAUAAGGAGAACUAUGACGAGUUGCUAGUAUUUUCAGAAGAUGAAGACAUUCCACGAUAUUCCAUCGAAAUGGCCACCGACUCGGACAGUGACACGAGCCGAAUCGAGACACCUCAUGCGAGUAAUUUGGGAGAAAAAAGUAUCAAGGUAAUAUCACCAAGUGAUCAAACUCCAUUCAGUCCGAUUGGAAAUUAUCGAUAUGAUUCGUACAAAAAGCUUACUUCUCUGGAACAACGUGUCAAUGAAUUCGAUAAGACUGCGAAGUACAUGAUAAAAAAGCUGGAACAAACCCGCGAUAAAAUUGACAAUUGCGACGAUGGACCAAGCGUGGUCGAGAAUCUAAAAUUGACGAUUGCUCCUGACGCAGCAACGCUUAUUUCACAAGGUGACACACUGAUCCUGGAAACACAUGGCAAAUCUAAUCUUCUUACCCAACGAUUAAUGGACACUCAAGCACGACUGCGGGAUAGAUUUAAGGAAGUUCAAAACUCAAGAAAUUUCAAAUGUUUCAACAAUGAUAUACGGCUACAAAUGAGUUUGAAUGACAGUGAUUCUUCUACCAAUGAGUUCUCUCAUCUCAAAGCCAUUGAUUUGGAAGAAAUUUCAUCCAAAGUGCUCAAACGUAUCGGUGAUUUGUUGGCAAAACCUCUCACAAAAGACAAUGAGGUAGAACUCACUAAGCGAGUAUUGGACAUUAAAGAACGCCAAGAGGAGGUAAAGCUGGCUAUUGGCGUAGCAUCACAAACGACACCAUCUAAGAAAGUAUCAGAUACGAUGACCAAUCUUGAAAUGGUAAGUGAAAACCCCAUAUGAUAUUGUAAGCAACUUCCUGUGUGCUGCACAGUUCUAUGUUUAAAUCACGUCCAACGAGAGAAAAGCUUCAACUGAUUUUGUGCCGCCCUCAAUAUAUUUUGAACAUGAAAACAUUUCAUGUUCAAAAUAUUUCCGAAAUUGACACAUUGCCGAACUAAGCA